UUGAGACGUCGUGCGUGUCCGUUUUAUAUAACAUGUUGUGGAUACAGAAUCCUCGUCAGCGUUUUUUCGUCUCAUCCGCAUACUCUAGUAUUUUUUUUCAAUAAAUAUCAUUUUUUAUUUUUUUGUUAAUAACAUUUAUCUUAAUUUGAAUUAUUAUUUUUCUCAUAUUUACCUCUGAAAAUAUGAUUUUGCACAUUUAUUACACAUGUAGUGGAUACUUAUCUAUCGGAGAUAGCCGUAAAUUAAUUGAUGAUUCGCAUCACGCGAAGUUCAAAAUCUAUAUAAUUAAUUCCAACGGUAGUAAUAGUUGUAAUAAAAAUCAUCAUAACAAUUUUUGACAUUCAUUAAGUGUAAAAUAAACAAAAAUUUUUUAUAAUUCGAUGUAAACACAAAAGAAGAAAUUUUAGCCAAGUGAUAAAAAUAAACACUUGGUUCGCGAGUGUUGUUUGGUGAAUAUUUGUUGAGUGAAACUUUGGGACUUUACCAAUUGGUAUCGUGUGAGAAAAAUAUCUCGGCCGCAAAACGAUAUAUACAUAGAGUGCAGUGACAAUCGUUUCAAGUUGGCGCACAAGUCUUUACUUGAAAAAGAAAAGUAACAAAGUUCUGUAAUAACCAUUCAAGUGUAACGAUAUAACAGCGUACGUGAAGCUACUGACAUUAUUAUUUAAACUUAAGUUUAUAAGUGGAUUGGCAGGAUGAUUGUCUAGUUUGAGCCAAUAAUGUAAAUGUAAUGAUGUGUAAGGAUGAAAACCCAAGUUUGAGUGAUCUAUAAUCUUAGAAACUAACUGAGUUAAGUCUCAGCUCACUUGGGAUAAUUUAUUCAUAGGACGUUUUGUACGCCGUUGGCAUUGAUAUUGGUGAAAUCAAGGGCGGUGCCGAAUCAUAGAAGAUAAAUGUUUAGUAAAUCACAAGACAGUAGCCAUCGGCUGUUUAUAACUUUGUCACUUGGAGGUUGAAGUAUGAUACCAAAGGUUAACGAAGAAUAAGUGGCUUAAAGAUAUGUGCUUAAAUGGAUGACUUACUCUUAUCGUUAUAGGAGUUAUUGUUAUUAAGAACAUGGAGAUGAAGAAAAUUAUGAAAAGGAUGUGGGUCAUUUGAGUCUUGUGGUGGAAUAUAAAGGCAAGUCUAGAGAUCAUUCUAGUGCAACGAGAUGGCUCUAAGAUGGCAAGCGGGGUUAUCCAUUGCCGCUAUUCUCUUCAUGUGUACAGAAGAUACAUUGAGUUUAAACGAUGGGACUAUGGAAAAGCUCGAGCGUCACCCUGGCCAGGGUAGACCACGACAACAAAUGAUCGAUCAUUCGAUUGGCCUCAAGACGAAGCCUGAACCAACAUUCGACUUCACUCAACCCACCAACGUCACUGCCCUUAUUGGGAAAACGGCGUACUUGACCUGCCGCGUUCGACAUCUUGGCAAUAAAACGGUUUCGUGGGUUCGAUUGCGAGAUAUCCACAUCUUGACAACCGGAGCUUAUACCUACACUAGCGAUCAGCGGUUUCAGGCGCUUCACAACCCGAAUAACCUUCCAAGUAGUGAAUGGACGGAGUGGACACUUUGUAUAAAGUGGGCUCAGGAACGCGAUCAGGGAAUUUACGACUGUCAGAUAUCAACGAUUCCGCUCAAGUCUCAUCAUUUCUAUCUGAAUGUCGUUGUUCCCACAGCUACGAUUCUUGGAGGUCCGGAAUUGUAUGUCGGUGCUGGCAGUACGAUAAACCUGACGUGCGCGAUACGCUUCAGUUCAGAACCGCCUGCCUACAUCUUCUGGUACUACGAUGGCAAUGUCCUGAGCUACGAUAGUCCAAGAGGUGGAGUAUCAGUGAUAACAGAGAAAGGAUCGGAUGUUACGACUUCAUGGCUUCUUAUACAAACUGCACAACCUUCUGAUUCUGGAGAAUACAGUUGCAAGCCUAGUAAUGCCAACACAGCUUCCAUUCGCGUUCACGUCGUUAAUGGCGAACGUCCUGAGGCAAUGCAGACAGGAACGGCAGGUCCUAUUCUUUCUUCAAGCUGCCUCAUGGUGUCACUCAUCAUUUUGUACAUAUCUUCGGUGUAAAACUACUGCUCGCCAAACUUGUGCACAAGCAUAAGAGUAUUAGAGUAAUAAUGCUGCGAGAUCACAAACUUUGAAGGUCUAACAAUGACAUUAAAAAUAAAAAAGUGAAUUUCUAUGAACCAUUGAUGUCCAUACCGGGUAUAAAAUAGAAGUUAAAGUGAACAGAGUAUCAAAAAAAGCAAAUAAAGCAACAACAACAAUGGUCUUUUUAAUCCAUUUUUUUCUUUGAAAGUAGAAAGUAUCUUAAAACUUGCAGUAGAGGCUUUUGCUUGAUUGAUUCAAGUAAGCCAAAUGGAAAAGAAAAAGACGUGUCUGAUGUUGAAUCUACGAUGAAAAGGAUAAAACUUGGUUAAUCUGGAUUAUCAACUUGAUAGUAUAUACCAACUUUUCACUAAAAUAAAGAGAAAAAGAGAGUCAUACAGUGUGAUAGCAAUGUGUCAGAUUAAGGAUUGAAACUCUAGAUAGAGUAACGAGCUAUUGCCUCAGACGAAAUAACUCAUAUCUGAUCUGAUUAUCGAUCCUUUGUUUAUAUCACUGCCAGUUAAUUAUGCCAUCAAUUAUUGCGCUAAACACGGUCAUGCUCCUGAAAGACAUGAGAGGAUAAUCUCAUCAACUUUCCCUAAUAUCCAUAUUGUGCUGUGCAAAAUCAAUUAUAACACAAACUAUAAUUUAAUCUCAACUUUAAGCCAAGUAAAAAGACCUUUUUUAACCAACUUUUUUAUUACUAUGUCAAUUAUCGAUUUAUUUGUCAUAAUAAGCAGCCAUUUAAUAUUUAUAUUAAAAGUUUUUAAAGAGUAAUCAAAGAAUUUAUUACCACAUACAAAAAGGAUUUUAUUUAUGUAAAUUAAAUACACCAGUUGGAGUGUUUGAAAUAUCAAAAGACACCAAACUUGAAAUGGAAAUGAAAAAAUAAUAAAUCAUUUUACUAAAUUUUUUCAUACGUUUUUUGGUUGUUUAUUUAUGACAAUAAAGGCUUAAAUUGAAAGAUAAAUGUAUUUAUUAUUGGUGCAGGACAAUCGAUAAGAUUUACUGGACAUCUCUAUCGAACAUUCAAUUGAAAGCUAUGAGCAACAUAGAGUAGAUAGUACGUGAGUGAGGCACACGUACGUAAACUCCAACUUUUGACAAGAUAAAUUAUGAUUGCGAAAUGUUGUUACCGUUGUAUCCAAUUUAUAUCCGGAAUAACGAUGGCCCGUUAAGCGUGACAAACUCGUUAAUUGGCCUCCAUGACACCCGCACACGUACGAAUUUGAGUAUUAUAACUAUAGCAAGAAGGUUGGUGAACCAUGAUAAUAUUUAUGGAAUUUAUAAAAUCAUUGAUCGCUACACACGUUUGCGCAUGUGAUUAAUCGAUAUUUUAAACAAGUAUUUGUGCAUGAUAUACUUCAUACUUGACCACUGCACGCGGUGAUCGUGACUUGACGCGUGUUAAUACACAUCCGACACGUGUUGAACUACCUAACGAUGACCAACGUCCGAGGAACAUUCUAUACACAUUCUAACACAUAAUGUAUGGUAUGGCGCGAAAUUAACCUUGUUUCUAAUUUGCACCAACAUUAUUAUAUUAUCAAGCAAAAUUAAUGUGUUAAUAUUCCAGCAAGAGUGUCUUUAAACAGAGCUUUCUGAAUAAUUGUCGACUAAAUAACGAUUUAUAACAGUGUUGUCAGAUCUGAUGUGUGUGAUAAUUCAGAUACUCUAUAUGACAUAAAAAGUGAGGAAAUUAUUUUGCAUAUCUGUUGAGUGAAAUUAAAAAAGAAAAAAUUGGUUUAAUGAUGAAAAGUUAAAUGUUGAGAAAUGCACAGUAAUUUUAUUGAAUAUGUUAGACCAAUUUUCACUAAGAAAUCUAGAAAUGAUAUAUAUUAUUAAAUAUGCUUCAGUGAAUAUUAUUAAGUAUGAUGCGUUUCAGUAGUGAAUAACGACUAUGUUCAUGUAAAAAUGUUUGAAGAAAAAUUCUGAUCAUUAUAGAACUGAGGAUGAAGAAGCUUCUAGGUCAUAAUAAAGGAAAUAACAUGGACUAAUAAAAAUUUUUAUGAGAAAUAUAAGAUGUGUGAAACAGUUGUUAUUGAAUUUUUCAACUACAAGCCUUGUUCUCGAUUGAACUAUUCUUGGUUUUUUUUUAUAUAAGGUUGCUAAUAUUAAAUCCUCUGCGACCAUAAAUGUGGAUGAAAUUGAAAUAUUUUUUGUAAACUCCUUAAUAAUUAAAUGAAAGUACAAAAAAAUCAAUAAGAAUUUAUUCACACUUCUAAUCAUUUCUUUAAUAAGUUUGAAAUAAUUGACAAUUAAAUUCUUGUAUCAAUAACAAUCUGAAUUUGUUGAUAAAUAAAGCUUUACAGACAUACUAUAUUUUUAAUUUGAGAAUAAAUUUCUUUCUCACUGUAUCAAUAAAUAUCGCAAUAAAAGUUAGCUUUUAUUCAAACCGAAUAAUACACUAUGUAAAAGAGUGUUUAUCUGUUAUUUUUUCACUUAAUCGAAGAAAGUGAUCAACUCACUGAAAAAUUUAAUUUAGUAUGAAUACAAAUGACUCUCGAAGUGAAUUCUAAUGUGAAAUCCAUGUAGAAUUUUCAACAUCAAAACAAUUAAUAAAAAAUUAUCAAAAUUAAAGCAGAAAAACAUAUUUGCUGAAUCACAAGUUCUGACAUCACUGAGAAACAAUCAUGAAAAAAUGAACAACCAAAUUUUAUACAUUAACAAAUUAAUAUAACAUAGAUAAUAUUUUUAGUAAACUUUUAUCCAAAUAAUUCAUCAAUUAAUUAUAUUUAUAUUUAUUUUUUA